AUGAGUUAUAAGGCUAAUCAACCAUCUCCUGGGGAGAUGCCUAAAAGGUCACCUUCUAUCCUGGUGACAGAUGCAAGAACAUCGAAGAAGAGGAUGAGUGCACCUUUUGCCGGCCAUGCUGCUGGCAGCAGAAAGACCAUGGAGAACAAAGACCUUGCGAGGUCUCAAGGCGCUCGCUCUUCCAAUAUCGGGCCUUCUCCACUGCUGAAUCAACCUCAUCCGAGAAGGCGAUCGUCUGGUAGGUUUAGCGAUAUUUCCAUUGAUAACAUCCUCUCUGAUAAUUCAGGUAUUCCCUCCGCCAGAAGGGAGGAAAGACUCUCCAGCUCCUCAAGCGAUAGGCCCCGUCAUUAUGAGCGUUUGAAUUCCCAUAGAAAAAUGAUCAAUCCCUUACCUCCAAGAACAUCGAAGACGUCACAAAAGUUGGUUUUAAUACCUGAAGAUGAUGACCUGAACCACUUUAAAACAAUGCCAACAAAAGCAUUGGAUAGACAGAGGCCGAAGGUCGGUUCCAUGAGAACGAACUCUUUUGAUAGGCUACCUCGGCACUCGAGAGAGAAAUCUAUGGCAAGAAUCACCGCAUAUAACGUUGCGGACGGAUUUAAUCUGAAUCAUUUGUACAAAUUCCUGCAGGAUACUCACGAGGUCUCACCAAGAUUAUAUGAUGAAUGUUUAUAUGUGGCGUACACCUUACCACUACUGCCAGGUAAAGGCGGUUUCAGAAUAAAAUCAAACAUAUCGAAGAAAACAGUGGGUGGUAAGACAUUAAUCGAUAAUUUAAUAGACACAAGUGAACAAAGAGAUCACCAUUAUGAAUACUAUUCGGGAGUCGAGACCGUAGAAGACGCGAAUAAUAAUUAUGAGUUAGAAACCAACGGAGGUAACAAUACCACGAAUCAAGACACCACGAUAGUCCCUGACCAUUUGCCCAAUCCAGUUGGCCAACAGGACUCUUUCAAUCCUAUGGAGCCACAAUUUUUUGCAGAAGAGACUCCAUCAGAAAUAGAGAAUCGAGAAAGAACUGAAAGAAUCAACAUGUUGAAAAAAGAGGAGAAUGACGCCGAUGGUAAUGAUAAAGGUGGUAACAACGAUGAUAGUGAGAUUGAAACUUGUGCGGCUGAAGAUGUAGACCAGUAUGCACCAUCGUCUCGCUCAUCAGCGUCAUCGGCAUCAUCGGCAUCCACGCCAUCGCCUCCAUCUUCAUCACGGAAGGGUUUCAAUCGCGCAUACGAAAUGCGUAAGGACAACGAACAUGAAGGCAAUGAUAGACAUGCAGAAAUUUUCAUCUUUCACUAUGGCGUUAUCGUCUUUUGGAACUUCACUGAAAUUCAAGAGAAGAAUAUACUUGGUGAUAUAACAUUUGCGGACUAUAGGAACUUAACGAUUCGACCAUUGGAUGAACAAGAUAUCGAAACUGAACAGUUUCAUUUCGAAUAUGACAGGGAUACCGAGAGGCCGAGAAUUUUCAAUGAUAUUGUCACAUUGCGUUCAGGAGACCAUAUUAUCGAAUUGACAUUAUCACAUGCUAUCGCACAGUCUUCAAAAUUAUCGAGAUUCGAAUCCAGAAUUUCACCAAUCUUGAUAUCGGUUACCAAAUUACCAAAAAGAUUGGCACUGUACGGUACCCUCGGGUUAAAAAGGGAACAGCUUUUGAAAAAAUCAGGGAAGCUUUUCAAGUUAAGAGUGGAUGUGAACCUUUCAUCCACCAUAUUGGAUACACCUGAAUUUUUUUGGUCGUUCGAACCAAGUUUGCAUCCACUUUACGUGGCAAUGAGGGAGUAUUUGGAAAUCGAUCAAAGAGUACAGGUAUUAAAUGAUCGUUGUAAAGUUUUUUUGGAGUUCUUUGACAUCUGCGUCGAUUCCGUCGCUGAAAGAAACAUGGCUCGCGUUACAUGGUGGUUUAUCCUUGUCAUUUUAUUUGGAGUCAUAUUUUCAUUAACAGAAAUUUGCGUGCGCUAUGUAAUUAUACAUCGUCAUACCACUACAUAG